AUGCAUUAUCGAUACAAACCGUAUCAGGCAGCAACCGAAACGGAAUUUUCCACAAACGAACAACAGAUAAGUAUUAUAUUGGCAGAGCAGAUAGACGAUUCGACGUUCACCAGGGUAGUGGGCAACUGCAGCAGCUCGCCUGACAUAACAAUUGCUAGCGCUGGUCUGAUAAAUAGCAUAACCUGGCGACCUAUGCUAUCGCUUGCAUCAGACCACUUGCCCAUUAUCAUCUCGAUCGAGAAACCUGUCGACUUUGUUUCCGCGGAUCACCGGUCAUACAUCAACUUUAACAAAGCUGAUUGGACCAGAUUCGCGGAAUUUACUGGGGACAUCUUCGCAGCCCUACCCACUCCCACCGAUGUGCGCGCAGGCGAACGCGCAUUCCGCAAGGCGAUCACAGCCGCCGCGGCUCGCUUCAUACCCGCUGGACGGAUCCGGGACAUACGUCCCAAUUUCCCAGCUGAAGCAGCUGUUCUGGCGAACGAGCGUGACCGCCUACGCCAGGCUGAUCCCAGGGACCCUCGUAUAAAGGACCUCUAUUUGGAGAUCCGGCAACUGGUCACCCAACACAAGCGGACCAAAUGGGUAGAGCAUCUGAAGUCCUGUAACCUCACUUCUGAUGUGAGCAAGCUCUGGUCCACCGUAAGAUCCCUGUCGAACCCGACGAAGCACAACGACAAGGUGGAUAUCGCCUUCAACCAGAUAAAUCGCGGGCUUAACCAAAACCGCCCCUGCGAGAGGACUGUCCUAGUAGCGUUGGACCUAAAGAAGGCUUUCGAUACAGUCAGCCAUUCCACGCUAGUAGAUGACAUUUAUCAGCUCUCUCCCACUAAAUCUACGGCGACCCUUUUUACCACCCGGACAAAGGAGGUCAAGCCAGCAGCAGCUUGA